AUCUCAAAAAUAGUUUAGCGAGGAAAAUACGAAAUUCACAAUAUCAAAGGAAAUUAACUGGUCUCGGAUUCCGUCUUCCUAGUAAGUCAAAAUUCCUUCCGUCGGCGGCCGUCCUCCCGUCGCCGGAAGGAACGGCGAUCACAAAAUCUCCGCCGUAAUCGAGUACAAGGAUCUGCCGAUACACAAAUUUCAGACAGAAUUGCAUAUUUGCAUUUGAUAGAUCCAAAGCGGGAAAGGAAGGGGAGGAGAGAAAGCAGCAAAUCGGAAUCAUGAUAACGCGAUCGAAUUUGGCUGAGCAGCUGAGAGAGUAUCAGAUUCGAUCAAAGCACGAUUGGGCUUCCGUCUCUUUUUUCUCCUCCACCUCUAAUCUCACAUCUACAUCUACAAGGGCGGAUGUCGUCAUGUUUGUAAUAUGUGAACUGGUUAUUUUGGCACUCCUGGUUUUCUCUGUAGUUUCAUUGUACUUCACGCAUCUAAAGCUUGCAUUUAUCCUAGUAAGUGUUAGCUUGCUAUUGCUUGUAUGUGUGACAAUUGCAAAGCAAGUUACAGAAGCCAGGAAGAAGAAGCGAAGAAUGCUUCUUCCAUUGUCAAUGUAGAAGUGCUCGAUGGGGAAUCUUUUUGUUACGCCCAAUCAAUUUUUAAAUGUGAAAUCUCAGCUUAUAAUUCUGUCUUUUUUUUUUCCUUUUCUGAAUUCCUUUCGGCACAAGUAAUUGAAAUAGAGCCAAGCUGAUUAAAUGGUGCUGAUUUUGAGAUUGUUUGAUAUCAGUGCUGCUAUUUUGGUAGUAUACUUUGUGGGUGUUUGGGCUUGUUGAUAAAGCUUCAUGUAAGUUUAGCCUCAGUCCUAGAAUGUUAUUUUCCUGUACCUUCAUACUUAAAUCUCUAUUCAAUCUCAAAUUUUAUCAUCACAAUGGAAGGCAUUUGUUCUGUCAACAUUGGGUGGUAACCACAAGAACAUAUUGUUCCCAUAUUAUGAAGAAUAUUGAUCUUUGAUGUCUGCA